CCCGCAUACGGACUACUGUCGCGACACAACUGAGACCCUUGGCUAGUGAAGUUACCCCACCUGUCUAGAGCCAACAGAAGAUCCGCGUGGCCGCCCAUAGCUCCUGCUCCAGCUAUAAGCCUCUUGCGCGCUGUCACUUCUUUUUCUCUCCCACAUUUCUCUCAUCUCACCAGACCGGCUUUGGUGAAUCAAUUGCACUCUCUCCCGUCUCACUCAUCAAUCGGACCUCAUACCAGCUCCGAGCUACCCCGCCCCCGCAUUACAGCUCCCUCCCUCGAUAACUCAACAAGAUGGUCAAGGCCGUUGUUGCUGGUGCCGCUGGUGGCAUUGGACAGCCGUUGUCCCUCCUCCUCAAGUCUUGCCAGCUCGUCACUGAGCUCGCUCUCUACGAUGUAGUGAACUCGCCCGGUGUCGCUACCGACCUGUCCCACAUCUCCAGCCCGGCGACUGUCACAGGCUACCUGCCCAAGGACGACGGUCUCCAGGGUGCUCUCACUGGCGCCGACAUUGUAGUCAUUCCAGCUGGCAUUCCUCGUAAGCCUGGCAUGACCCGUGAUGAUCUGUUCAAGAUCAACGCCGGAAUCGUCAAGGGCCUCAUUGAGGGCAUCGUCAAGUACUGCCCCAAGGCAUUCAUCCUUGUCAUCUCCAACCCCGUCAACUCCACUGUCCCUAUCGCCGCCGAGGUCCUCAAGGCUGCCGGCGUCUUUGACCCCAAGAAGCUCUUCGGUGUCACCACUCUCGAUGUCGUUCGUGCCGAGACCUUCGUCGCCGAGAUCACUGGCGAGAAGAACCCCGCCAAAUUGAACAUUCCCGUCAUCGGUGGACACUCUGGCGAGACCAUCGUCCCGCUCUUCAGCCAGGCCAAGCCUAGCGUCAACAUUCCAGCAGACAAGCUCGAUGCAUUGGUCAACCGCGUGCAGUUUGGUGGUGACGAGGUCGUCAAGGCAAAGGACGGUGCUGGUUCAGCCACUCUUUCCAUGGCAUACGCCGGCUACCGAUUCGCCGAGAAGGUGAUCAAGGCCUCCCAGGGCGAGAAGGGCAUUGUCGAGCCCAGCUUCGUCUACCUCCCCGGUGUUGCCGGCGGUGAUGCCAUUGCAAAGGCCACCGGCACCGAGUUCUUCUCUGUCCCCAUCGAGCUCGGCGUAACGGUGCGGAGAAGGCGAUUGACGUCGUCAGCAGCGCCAACGAACACGAGAAGAAGCUGCUCCAGGCUUGCUACGAUGGCCUCAAGGGCAACAUCGCCAAGGGUGUUGAGUUCGCUCAGAACCCACCUCAAUAGAUGCGGCACUUGGUUGCUGUUGAUGGGGAACGAUUAUGAAUGAAAACAUGACGUUAGACGUGCACAAGAAUUUGCACAAUUGGGCGAGCAACUUCAGAUACAACAUACAGAUAGCUGAAAUAUGAGCUCUUCAUACGGCCCAA